AUGCCCACCAUUAAAAAUGUAAGAACACUAAUGGAACAACAGCCAAGUCCAGGAAUGGUAAAAACUAGAGUUUCUAGGGAUGUUCAAAAUAAACUAGGUAGAUGGCUAGAAUUUAUUGAAGGAGAUUUAUUUGAUCAAAUAAAAAAAAUGCACGAAAAUUUUACAGUCGAAGGUAUAAAAGAUUUCAUUCAUUGGAUGCAUAAUAAAAGUAUGCACAUUACAACAACAUUAAAUACAUCUCCUGAUCUUAAAGAUAAGGCGUUUUUAAGAGAAGCUUUGGAAUCAUGGGAUAAAUUCACAUUAUCUAUUUUAGAUUCUUCAGUAGAAGCAUAUGUUAAUAACCACAUGUUAGGUAAUAAUGGUAGUAUAGGGGCUUUUCCAAAUACAUCUGUUGCAUUAUCAAAUAAUUCAUCAACUACAGGCGCUUCACUACCUACAACUCUUUCACCUACCAAUUCUUCUUCAUUUCCCGGAACUACUUUCUCUCAUGAUCUAGAAGCCACUUCUUCUGCAACUUCUGUAAGUUCAACAGAACACCAUGGUUCUAAUAACAUAACAAAUUCAACGGUAUCCAGUGAACAAAAUGUUAUCACUUUACCUGAUAUUUCACUUGAAACCGUAACUACACCGACAAGUAAUGUGCUUCCAUCGUUACCUGCAGAAUCUAGUGGUAUGUCUAGUGCUGUGUGCUCGACAUUUUUAUGUGGUCCAACAAUUGCCGCUUUUUCAGUUCCUCUUGUUCUUCUUGGAAGUGUACUAUGUUUUGUUCUCCUUUACAAGCAUACUCCUCUUGGAUCAUUACUUGGAAGAGAUAAUAAAAAGAAAGAAAAAGGAAAAAAACGAUUACGUGAAAUGCCAAAGCAUAAUAUAGAAAAUUCUUCAGAAACCUUAGAAGAAACAAAAGCAAAGAGGAGCAGAUUAGAUAGAUUUCUUCGAGCUUUUGGUUAUGAUAAAAACUUUCCUUAUAUAGAUGAAGAAACAGGUAAGGAAAACAUAUAA